UUUUUAGUACUCUCGAUCUCAUCAUUGAAAGACAUUCAAGCAAUUUGUGUGCAAUUCAAGGUACUAGGUACAUACAUACUAUGGAUAUCAUUUCAGCCGUUAGAGCUCAAGACUUGGAUGCUAUUGAAGCAGCAAUUGAAAGAGGAGAAGACGUAAACAGUGUGGAUCCACUGGACAAUGAUGGUAUUACACCUCUCUUUAUAGCAGCGAGACAUGGUUUCACAGAGAUAGUCACCAAGCUGCACUCAUGUGGAGCAACUAUGGACAAAGCUACCGUUCGUGGGGAUACUCCACUUAUGUCAGCGGGCUGGAAUGAUAAUCCAAGAACUGUCAGGGAACUACUCAGAUGUGGAGCUUCUGUUGAUCUGGCAAACAAAGAUGGGAAUACACCGCUAAUAUCGGCAGCGAGAAGAGGCCACAAAGAUGAUGUACAUGAGAUACUCCUAGCGAAAGCCACUGUGGAUCUAGCUAAUAAUAAAGGGGACACAGCACUUAUCGUGGCAGCCAUGCUUGGAUACAAAGGUACAGUAAAGGAACUGCUUUCAUCUGGAGCAACUGUGGACUUAUUGAACCUCGAGGAAAACAACCCACUUAUCUUGGCAGCAAAGAAUGGACACACGGAUAUCGUCAGGCAACUACUACAGUAUAAAGCAACAGUCAAUGUGGCGAAUAAAUUAGGGGACACUCCUCUAAUCCUAGCAGCCAGGUUUGGUCACACAGAUAUUGUGAGGGAUUUGAUGUCGGCCGGAGCCACUGUGGAUUCUCUAAAUAGAGAAAGAAGUAGCGCUCUUAUCAGGGCCGCAUUUUUUGGACAUACUGACAUUGUCAAGAUACUGUUGUCGUCGGGAGCACAUGUUAAUCUGGCUAAUAAUAUUGGAAAUACUCCACUCAUUUCGGCAGCUAUUAAUGGACACACAGAGACAGUUGGGACUCUUCUUUUAUCUGGAGCCUCUUUAAAUGUAUCUAAUGAAGCUGGAAAUACUUCUUUGAUCGAAGCAGCUCAGAACGGUCAUGCUGGGACAGUCAGAAAACUCAUUUUAUCCGGAGCCUCUUGUGACAAGGCCAACAAAGUUGGCGACACUCCACUUAUUGUAGCGGCCAUGGGAGGCCAUAAGGAUACCAUCGUGGAGCUUGUAUCGUUAGAAGCCACAGUAGAUCUACCUAACAACUUAAAGGGUGGAGUUACACCGCUUAUGGCUGCAGCAAAUUAUGGCCAUUUAGAUGCUGUUAAAGAGCUACUAUCGUCAAGAGCCAUCGUACAAAUUACUAACAAAAUGGAUAAAACUGCAUUGGCAGUGGCUAAAGAAUCGAGGUUUUCAAAUGCCGCCACUGUUGCUUGUCUGGAAGCAGCUGCUCGAGGGUAUAUGACUCCACGCCAGCGUACCCAGUCAGAAGCAGACUCUAAACGUUCAACCGUAGCUGAUGCUAACUUGGAAGAGGAGAGAAAAACAAGACGUCAGACAGGUGGAGAGGAGCUAUUAUUCAAACACCGUACUGGUUUAGAGGACUUACUCGCUACGUCUCUUAAGCCUAUCCCAGGUGUCUCUAUUGAAAGCCAUACUAAACUGGAAGUAACAAACAAUGCUCAAAAUUUUCAUUGGAAAGGAUAUGGGUUUAAUAUGUUUAUACCCAAAGAUUGUCUGCCAGCUAAAGCUGAAUCCAAGCAUUACACUAUACACUUGUAUGCAACUAUCUCACAAAAAUGUUACCGCUUUCCUAAAAAUCACGAAUUGAUGAGUGCCGUGUACUGGAUCAGAUGUAACCCUCUUUGUCGAUUUAGAAACCCUAUCACUAUUGAAAUACAACACUGUGCAUAUGGAGAGGCAGUUAAAGGUCUUUCAUUUGUAAGAGCACUUUGCUCCCAAACAUAUCUCCCAUACGAUUUUAAGAAAUUGGAACCACAGGGCUCCUUUUCUGACAGUUCCAGUUAUGGCUCCAUCUUGUUAACUGGUUUUAGUGGCAUCGGUAUCGUAAGUUCAGUUGAUCCGCAAAUUCCAAGAUCGAUGGAGCCUCAACGCAAGCACACAGCCACUCUCUACUAUCUUAGUAAGAGCAUCAGUAACUGGACAAUUCACCUCGCAAUAACUUGGGACCUUGAAACUUGCAUCAAUAGUGUGAAGAAGUAUUAUGAUACUGAUGGUCUAUGGACAAAAGGUGCUUUUCUCAGUGCAGUUGAGAUUAUGGGCGAUAAAAUUGAAGUUGACAUUCCUCGACCUGAUUUAGUGAAUGGUUGGAUCUUGAGACCUCUAACCGCCAAAUUUCUAUUAAUGAAGACAGUGAACUACUAUGAGCCCGGCAAAGCAGUCCCCUCCAUUCAAAUCAAGGCCGUGUUUCGGCACCAAAGUUCCACUUCAGAUUCAGUACCAGAACUGUUUUAUCAACUUGCUCUGAAAGGGAUCCAGGAGCCAAACAUAAUCACCAUUGAUAUUGACCCUUCUCUGUCAAUAGGCAACCAAUGCACUUUUCAAGCAGGCCUAGGUGUUUCUGUUGAACUUCAAGAAAUAAUGCGUAACACUGGUAUUCGAAAAGAAGAUUUGAAUAACGAAGUUACUGAUGAGAACGUUAGGCGUUUUGCCUCUAAAUUUGCUGAUUAUAACUGGUUGGAAUACGCUAUCACUCUUGGACUCGAUGAAUCUGAAAGAAGAGCUAUCAGGACAGAUGUGCAACUAGACAGUGAAUUUUUGAAGGCUCACGAAACGCUGCAAAUGUGGCACAAAAGAAAUGGCUAUAGAGCAACCUAUAGAAUUUUGGUAGACGCAUGCUGUAGCCACAAGAAUAUGAGACUUGUCAUGGACUUAUGCCAUUUAUUAAAAAAGCAAUAUAAUCUUUGUUAAUUGUUUUUCUUUGUACCAGCUCAAUGAAUUUUAAAUUGAGAUAAGAA